GUUUAGAGAUAAUAUUUUGUGAUUGCAACCAAGGAUUAGAUCUAGUAAAUAGUAGGAUGAGCAUUGGCUUGCUUUGUCAUCUGCCUAAUGUACACAUGUUUCAAGGUGGAUCAAAAUACAAAACUGUUGAUGACAUGGACAAUGACAGCUCUCUGACAGAGGAUUUAAAAAAAGAAACGGAAAAAGAAAAUGAAUCAUGUACUGUUGGUCUUGAAAUUGAUGAUGAGUCAACAAAGAUCAUAGACAAAAUAGAAAAUGAUGUAGAGGUUAAGGAUGACUUGAUUAAACUGGUACCUUCAAAUUUUAAGUCUCCAUCUUUUAUGAAUGAUGAGGAUGCAGAAAUAUCUGCUCUUUACAAUGCAAUCCCUGAGGUCGCUAAUCAUUUCACAAUAACAUGUAAAAUUGGAGAAGGUGCUUUCAGCUGUGUGUAUUUAGCAAAAUUAAAACACUAUCCUGAAGUGAAUGAAAUGUUUGCAUUAAAACAUAUUAUUCCAACAACCCAUCCGUCACGGAUACAGAAUGAACUUACAUGUUUACUAAAAAUUGGUGGAUGUGAUAAUGUUAUGGGUGUCAAGCUGUGCCUACGUAACCGAGAUCAUGUAGUUUUUGUGAUGCCUGUCUUUUUACAUGACAAAUUUCAAGAAUGUUUACAUACUAUGAGUGUGGAUGAAGCUAGAGAAUAUAUGCGUAAUUUAUUGAUUGCACUGAAGCGGGUCCAUGAGUUCAAUGUUAUUCAUCGUGAUAUUAAACCAUCAAAUUUCCUUUACAACAGACAGCAAAAGAGAUUUUCACUGGUAGAUUUUGGCCUAGCCUCUGGCCCAAUGCUUAUUGACAGGGAUCUAGAGAAGCACAGUAGGGCAGGACUUACAACACAUAAACAGACUUUACCAAACCAGAUGCCUGACGUCAGGGUUCCCUUGUCACCGUCUAAAUUUAGCCUUAACCUGCCCCACAUUCCUCCUGCUCAUAGCACUAAAGGAAAGGUUUUACACCACAAAGCAGGCAUGAAAACCAUCAGACUAUCAAAUCCAUCCACUACAGCAGCCUCAUGGCUGGCAGAUAGCCAGGGCUGUGAUUGCUUUGGUAGGCCUCAGAUCUGUAGCAUUUGUGUUGCCAGACCAAAUCAGGUUGCUCCCAGAGCAGGAACAGCCGGCUUCCGGGCCCCUGAGGUCUUGAUGAAAUGUACAGAACAGAACACAGGUGUUGAUAUAUGGUCAGCGGGGGUCAUUCUGUUAUCCAUCUUGUCUGCCAGGUAUCCAUUUUUUAGGGCUCAAGAUGAUAUGGGUUACCUGGCCCAAAUUAUCUCAGUCUUAGGCUCAGCUUCCAUGGUCAAGGCAGCUAAAGCAAUAGGCAAAAAUCUUCUGGUGAGUGAGCACCUAGAGCCAAUUGAUCUAAAGACAGCCUGCACAAAGCUACGUUUAUCUCAGAUGUCUUUCAAACUAGGACCAGCCAGCCAAAACAAUACAGUCCUACAAUCAUGGCAGGAAGUGUCAGAUGACCCUUUUGAUCUACUGUCUAAGAUGCUGGACCCUAACCCCUACACAAGGAUAACAGCCGCUGAAGCAUUGAAUCACCCUUUCUUUCAGAAUGGACCACCCUCCUGACAGUAAUGGCACUUUUAGUGUAAUAGUUGUGUUAAAUUUUUAUUAUUUUGUGCUUAUUGUUUAUGUAAAGUUUUAUUUAUUGUAAUGAUGAUAGAUUUUUAUGGAGGGAGUGUAUAAUUGAGGCUAUUCUGAUUUGUAAUCAGUAGGUUUAAACAGAGAUUUUAAUAGUUUUGUAAGUUCUAAGGUUAAAGAAAUUUCUUUUUAAAAAAUAAACAUGAAAUGGGAAAUAUUGUUCUAAUUAUGACAUUUUUUAUCAGUGAACAAAUUUCUACAAUUAGA